AUGUAUUCAGUUGCAUUUAUCAUUUUAUGUUUAUCAUUUCCUGUCGUCGUCCACAGUGACUAUAACUGUACAACCCCAAAUACACUUAUAACUUUCGAUGAUUUGCCUUCAUUAGGAUCUUAUGCAGCUGUAGUACCAAACAAUUAUUUCGAUUUAGUUUGGUCUAAUGUCGUCUACACACUUGUUACUUAUCUCAACUCAUUUGCCGGUAAUCAUACAGCUCUUUCAAAUGAAGUAUAUGUUGCUUUCAAUAUGUAUGAAGGUCCCAUAACCAUUAGUUCUCCAGCAGCUUCUACUUUUAGUAUAAAUUCGUUUAUUGCACUUGCUUUUUAUAUGGAUAAUUUGGCUUUAUCAAUGACUGGAAAACGAAAUGGAGCAACAAUUUAUCAACAAACAGUUACACUCCAAGCGACUAUUUCGUCGUUCAUAGUAUUAAAUUGGACUUAUAUUGACACCAUUAUUUUCACUACUUCGGGAGGAAUUCCUGAUCCCAUACUGGCUGUCAGAUCAAACGGAACAUUCUAUGCUAUAGAUAAUUUAUGCGUCGAUAUAAGUUCAUUUUAUACACCAACACUUUACCCUAUUACAGCCACUCCAAUGACCGUAACCUCAGAUAAUGGUAAGAAGGAAAACAUUAAAGGAUUUCAUACAGCUUAUUGA